AUGGCAUGGUCUUUAAAGAAGAUUCUGAAAUUGAAAAAUAGUGUUGAUUCAAUCUUUGACAUUCGACUCGGGGAUGGACGAGGUACUCUCUUUUGGCAUGAUCCUUGGUUUGAGAGCCGACCACUUAUUGAUAGAGAAAAUUUUUUAGGGAUGAGGAUUAUGAGAGAUUGUGCGGCUUCCACGGUUAAAUAUAUACACGGUGGGCUUUGGAAUUCUAUUAUUAGGCGGGCUCCAAAGGGAAGAAAAGUACUUGAUCAUUUGAGUGGUAUCCAAUUGAACGAUAGGGCUGAUGUUCAUUUGUGGAAUGCUAAAGAGGAUGGAAAUCAUCCCGAUGCAUUGUUUUAUUCUUUGGUUGCUUUCCGUAGAAGACUUAGCACUCAGGGUCGAAUUCAAGUUUACAUGGACAUUUCGGAUGUUAGUUGCUUACUUUGUGAUGGAAAUUUGGAGACGAUUGAUUACUUACUCGGGGGCUGUCCAUUUACAAGGCAUGUGUGGAAUAAGUUCACUUCGACGAUGUCAGAGGCGUGGGAGGAGAUUAUGGCUGCUGCCCAAGAUAGAACUAAGAACUUGAAUGUGUUUGUCGGAUUCCUGCAUAUAGCUGGUGUUGAAGCCCACGAACCACUCGACUAUAGCUGCGUCUGA